GUGUGUGUGUGUGUGUGCCAUGCCAUGUUGGCCGGAUGAACGACGACCGUAUGCCGAAGCGAGUUUUGUUUGGGGAGCUCCCUGCAACGCGCCCUCGCCAUGGUCCACGCAAGCGGUGGCGUGACGUAAUCGUGGAUGAUCUCCGCUCCAUCAUCCCCCCUGUGCCUUCUGACUGCUGGUUUGAUGCUGCCCAGGAUCGCUCUGCCUGGAGGCAGAUUGUUCAUCGUCGUCCUCCCGCCCGUGCUCCCCCUGAUCCUGACUCUGGUUUCCGCUGCACAUGUGGAAAGGUCUGCCGUCGUCCCGGGGAUCUCAAGCGCCACGCUCCGUAUUGCAAAGCUAGCAGAUAGUCCCUUCGCUAUCAUUGCCAUCGGCAAUGGUCACGUUCAAGGUUCAAGGUAUUUCGUCCACGUCCGAUUCCGUCGAUGACAGCAUUGCCACCUUUCGCUGCCCAAGCCAGGAUUUCAAGCAUCAACUGAGCUCUGUGUGAUGCUCAAGCCCGGUCAGGCAGCUGUGGUAAAUCAUAUUACAAUGCAUGCGGUUGACCCAGUGCGAUAUGCCAUGGAACUAUUGGGAAAGUGCAAUCCGAGCUUGUGCCUGUGUGGGAGAAGUUCACGUUGACCUGCCGGUACGACUUGAAAGCAGUCUUUGUGCCUGGGUUGCAAAGAUCUCUAAUCUUAUGAUAUGGUGCAAAUCUGCCAAGCGGUCAUCCGACGAUCCGACGGCCAUAAGUGGACAUGCUCAGCACUAGUACUUUGAAGUAUCAACAAGGAUUGUGCCAGACCACAUGCCUCAGCAGUGUCAAUAGCAUUGGCAAAUAAUUGACUAAAUUGGGCGGACAGAAGGAUGGUUCAAGCAACUAAACGUUCACCUGGAAGCGCACGCGCACUUGCUGCAUGCGUUUGCGCUGCUCACAGCAGGUGCCAUAUCGUCAUCGUUGACGACAGAGUCUACCGCUCUCCAGUGCUCUAGUCUUAGGAACGCCACUAUCGCGGAGCUCAUAGAUUUCAAGCGUCAACUCGGCAUGCUGUUGGAGCAGUCAUCAAACGACGUAUUGCAGACUGCGUUGGAGUCGAUUAUUGCAUUCGGUCCCAGCCAAGUCGGUCCCAACAAUCUGUUGAACUGCGCGGAAGACUACAAGCGGCCGUCGGUUUGGAAAUGUUUGAACACGGAAGAUACAACUGCUGCUGCUGUCGCUGCCAAUGGCGUUGCUGACAGUGAGAUUCGCCCGCUGCAGAAUAGCAUACUGCACGGCUUUCAGCUUGCGACUCUAGCCGGGCCGCUGUGCGAGGAACCCGUACAAGGCGUGUGCUUUGUCCUAGAGACUUGGUCGGCAGCGAGCGAAUGCAACACUGGUGGUGGUAGUGCUGUGAAAUCUAAUGGCAACGGCCUCAGCACGGACACUGACCGUAGAUCGCCACAGUCGUUACCGAGCAACGAGUCCAGAGCUCCAACAGCCGGCGAAGACUCGGCGAUAGAGCGUGACCAAAGCAGCGUGUCUAGAGAUGGCGCCGAGCAUCCGCUACCUGUCGUGGGCGCCGUCUCCACAUAUGAUCCGCUGUCCGGUCAACUGAUGUCCGCCAUGAAGGAAGCGUGCCGUCGAGCCAUGCUCACUCAGCCGGCGCGUAUCAUGGUGGCCAUGUACUCGUGCGAAAUCCACGCCACAUCGGAGGUUCUUGGUCGCGUCUACGCUGUGUUAGGACGCCGCGGUGGCCGGGUGGUGCUCGAGGACCUUCGGCCGGGCUCCACAAACGUGUUCAGUGUGCGUGCCCUGGUGCCUGUCGCCGAGAGCUUCGGCUUUGCCACGGAAAUUCGCAAGAAGACAAGCGGCUCAGCGAGUCCGCAGCUCUUCUUUAGCCACUGGGAGGCAAUGUCAAGCGAUCCGUUCUGGGUGCCCACCACUGAAGAAGAGCUGCUACAUUUUGGAGAGAAAGCCGACUCUGAGAACCAGGCUAGACUGUACAUGAACGCUGUGCGCCGCCGCAAGGGCCUGACAGUCAGCGAGAAAAUCGUUGAGCAUGCGGAAAAGCAGCGUACUAUAAUGAGAUCAUAAUGAGCAGCUCUGCCUCUCUCUCUCUCUCUCUCUCUCUCUCUCUCUGUCUCUCUCUCUCUCUCUCUCUCUCUCUCUCUCUCUCUCUCUCUCUCUCUCUCUCUCUCUCUCUCUCUCUCUCUCUCUCUCUCUCUCUCUCUCUCUCUCUCUCUCUCUCUCGCUCUCUCUCGCUCUCUCUCUCUCUCUCUCCCCUGCACAUACUGUUUUGCUGCAGAGCUCCGAACAAGGGGCCAGUGUGGGCCUCAUUGAGUCUAUUUUCAUUUUUUUUCAUUCUGCAUGGAGCUCAGCCUUUCCUCUUUUUUCUAAUGAUGCCCAACGGGGAGUACCUUAUUCUUGUCCUGCAGCUGAGAUCCCGUUCUGAGAUGGAGGUGUUUGAAAGUCUUCCUUUUCUGUUCAUAGUAACUAGUAUUCAUUCAGGGAAAGGCUAACACCUAUUGGGGGGUUCCCCACCCUGAAUUAUUUUCAACUCCUUCCUGCACUUUCGAGACACACUAUAUUGUGAGUGAAUGGCGGAAUGCUCUGAUAGUUUGAACGGAGCACUGAGUGAAUGGUGAAUGAUGUA